AAAUAGUAAAAGUUGACGUCAGAAAGUAUUCCUCCGCUGUUAAUGUAACAAUUUUGUUUCGCCGGUGUGUCAGCUUUGUUAUUGCGGAAAAUACACAACCAUGGAUGAACAAUACGACGUCAUCGUUCUAGGAACAGGGCUCACGGAAUGUGUCCUCAGUGGGCUGAUGUCCGUAAGCAAGAAGAAGGUUCUGCAUAUGGACAGGAACGAUUACUACGGUGGCGAAAGUGCAUCUCUCACCCCACUGGAUCAGGUGUACAACCAUUUCAAGAUGGGCGUGGCACCCCCUGAGCAUUUUGGGCGGGGGCGAGACUGGAAUGUGGAUCUCAUCCCCAAGUUCAUCAUGGCUAAUGGUAAGCUGGUGCAGUUGCUGAUUCACACUGGAGUUACCAGAUACCUGGAGUUCAAGUCAAUCGAGGGAAGCUAUGUCUUCAAGGGAAAUAAAAUCCACAAGAUUCCGGCAAAUGAGAAGGAAGGGUUGGCUACAUCACUGAUGGGCCUUUUUGAGAAGAGAAGAUUCAUGAAAUUUUUCUCUUUCCUUCAAAAUUUUGAUAUCAAUAAUCCCAAGACUUGGAACGAUUUGGAUCCCAAAAAAAACACCUGUAAGGAGAUGUUCAUUAAAUUUGGGCUUGACGAGAACACCCAGGAUUUUAACGGCCAUGGAAUUGCUCUGUAUAGGAGUGAGGAAUACAAGGAUGCACCGAUGUUGGAGUUCAUUAAUCGGGGAAAGCUGUAUUAUGAAUCACUGGCGCGAUUCGGGAAAUCUCCGUAUCUUUACCCACUGUACGGCCUUGGAGAACUGCCACAGGGAUUUGCAAGGUUGAGUGCCAUCUACGGCGGCACAUACAUGCUGAACAAGCCUGGAUGUAACAUCCAGUAUGACGAAGAUGGAAAAGUAGUUGGCGUGGAAUCAGAGGGCGAGGUUGCCAAGUGUAAGCAAGUCAUCUGUGAUCCGUCAUACGCUCCGGAUAAAGUGAAGAAAACUGGUCAGGUUGUGCGGGCCAUAUGCAUUUUGAACCAUCCAGUAAAGGACACAAAAGAUGUUGCUUCAGUUCAGAUCAUUAUCCCACAGAACCAGGUCAACAGGAAACAUGACAUCUACGUCAGCGUGGUAUCCGCCACCCACCAGAUCGCGGCAAAGGGAUUCUACCUUGCCAUCGUGAGCACCACCGUGGAGACUGGAAAUCCCGAGCAGGAACUUCAAAUUGGACUUGACCUUCUCGGAGCUAUAGAACAAAAAUUUGUCACUGUUAGCGACAUGUUUGAACAAAUUCCGGGAACAGAAGAGUCAAAUGUGUUCAUUUCCAAAUCGUACGACGCUACAUCACACUUUGAAACAACAUGUGACGACGUUUUAGAUUUGUAUGAAAAAAUCAUGGGGGAGAAAUUUGACUUCUCGCAAGUGAACUUACACCAACAAGAGGAGAUGUAAUCAGAUAAAGACUUAUUUUAGAAAGAACACUUAAAUAGACCAGUUGGUGUGAAAUUUGAUUUUCUUCGUGGGUUUUCCGCCCAUCUAAGGCGACUUAAGUUCUUUAACUCCUUCGGUGUAAUUUAUGUUAGUGUAUUUGAAAGUUUACAAAUUUGGCUUAUUUCAUUUGUUUUACAUACAUGUACACAAUUAGUAUUGUAGUAUUUAUGACUCGUUGUUGUCGUAUUUUUGCCCAUGAAUCAUGAAUGUAGUAAAAGUUGUUGUGAUUGCUGUUCACUGGCCAUUAAGCUAUUCUUUUUAAAGCGUUUCAAUGAAUUUUGUAUCGAUACAUGUAAUGUACAUCAAUAAUAUACAUGUACAAAACUUGACAUCAAGCUGUUAACAGAGAAAGUGACAACUUCAACGCCAAACUGUUCACAUAACAAUUAUAAUAUAAAAAGUAAAUUUUCAUGUCGGGAAAAGAACAUGUUGAACAUUUUUAAUAGGCAAAUAGAUGUUAGAUAUUGAAUCAAAGUAAUACUUAUGAAAGAAACAGAAAGGGGCAUAUUUUAUUUUAUGAAAAAUAAAUGAAUAAAGUGUUUCUCUUGUAAUGUUCUGUACGCUUUUUUCAAGCAAUACUCCAAUAAUUAUUUAAAAAUCGUCUAAAAUCCUAUUAUUUGGUAAGAUAUCUUAACAUUAACUGUUGCUUAUCAUGACCGUAAAUGCUGUGAAUGGUUCUAAUUGUGUACAUUUUCUUUAAGAAAUGUGCGGCUUAAUGCAUAUAACAAUGAUGACUUGAUUUUUCGAAAUAAGUAUUAACGAUCUAUGAAGAAAUGGCUCAUUAAUAUACCUACAUAAUUAUUACAGUGAUAUUGCUGAAAAAUAAUUUAUUUUUUAACAUUUAAGAGGUUACAUUGUAAUAACAUCAACAAGUUUCGUUUAAAUUAAAAUCGUAAAAAUAAAAUGAAAUUUAAACAUACCUGUAUAAACCUUUAAGACUUCCACUACAGAUAUUUUUUAUAAUGCUCAAGUGUUUAGAUUGUGAAUAUUUUUCGUUAUAAUUAUGGACUUUGCAUUGUAAUCUUUACUUGUAUUUUAAAUUUCUAUAGUAUUCAGCUUUGAACCAUAAAUACAUAACUCAUAAUAAUGUAUCACAUAGUCAAGUAGAUGCAGCUUUUGUUUAAGACUUAAAAAUAUAUGCUUUCAAAGGCUUUUUCCAAUUUUGGCUUAUGAAUGUUAGGCCGUGCUGGGUUGAUUCACUGUUAAGCAUUAUCGAUUGGGAAGGUUUUCGUAUUUCGAAUCUUUAAAAAUUGAGUCCAAAAACAAUGUUUUUAUUAAGACAUUUAGUUUGGUUUCCUUACCAGGUAGCUAUAGGGCUUGAAAUAAGAACAAUUUGCUAAACUUAGAAUCAAUUUUGUGUAGAUUUACUGUGGUGAUGGUGCGCUUGAGAUUUCCCUGUAUUUAACAGUGCUAUAGUUCAGAAAUCGUGUUUUGUUUCUGGUCGCUAGGUUAUGCUUUUUAAAUGGUGCAGAAAUAGUCAUAUAGGACCUAUUUUCUCAAAGAAUAAAAAGGUUUAUGUGCUUUUCCGAAAUCCAAAAACUGGUGUGAUAUCCAUAUUAAAACAAAUUUUAUGACUGUUCACAUUAGAUAAGGGGUAAUUUGAAAAUCCCAUGAUAGGCAUUGAUUAAAUUAAUUCAACUCUUACUUUCAUAUUAUUAAAGCGGAAAUUUACGAUAUUUUGUCGUACUGUAGUGUAAAUUAUAUGCUUAGAUUAAGAAUUUGGGGUGGCUCCAUUUUUUUCAAGAAUGUUUUGCGAUUAAAUACUGGCUGAAUAAGGCAACCCAUGUACAAUUACAUAAUUUUGGAUGCCCGAGUACCAUUCGCCUAUUAUUUUGGUAUUUGAAAAGAGUGUGAUGAGUAGUGAAAGAAUGUAUUAUAAUUAUAUCCAUAAAAAUGUUGCAACUGGUACCAAAACUAUAUAUGCAUUCACAAGGCAUAAAAAUUUAACAUUAUCUACAAUGGCAAGAUUAUUUAAACGUCAGCUACCUUUAAUCCUUGUAUUGAUGACGGUUGUCAAUACAAGAAUUCAGUCCAUUCCAUUGAGUGCUUAUGUAUGAUUCUAUUUCGUCAUGUCUAGGGUUAGCCAUCCAUCAUUAGAAUGCAAAGAUGUGUUAGUGCAUUUAAGCUAUUAACAUCAAGAUUAUUUCUUUGUUUGACUAAUAUUGAUUUACCAUUAUAUUAUUUUAAACAUUGAUUACUUACAUUUUUGAAUAACACCAUGAUGACGCUACUAUUAUGAUAUAUUAACUUUAAGGGUUGGCAUUAAAACAAAUUUCAAUGAUUAUUUAGCUAUUUUAUUCAUUCGUUUCUUAAAUGCUUAUAUGAAAAAAGCUCUUCGUGAAAACUUUAAAAUAUUUGAACUUAACAUUUUGUCACUGUAAAAUGAAACUUAACCAGUAGUAUUUUUUGUCUUAAUGAUGGAUGGCUUACCUUAAAGUCUUAUGUCAUUUUUUUCUGUGCAAUAUUGUCAAUAAUUAUAUGGUACUAUUAGUUCAAUAUAUUUUGCUGUAUUCCACUUUUCGACUCUAACUUGUAGCACAAAAUUGAAGAAUUUCUUUCUUUGAUCGAUUUUUCAAUAAAAUGUGUACAAACUGUGAGAUAUAAUACACUCCACAAAAUGAAUUUAGGGACAACUACAAUUACAAUUACUACAAUUAAUUGUUUAAAUAUUGAUAUAGCACAACUUAUUUUUAGAAAGGCCUAUUGGAAAUGUUGCUAACAUGCAUAUCGACUAGUUUGAAAAUUUAAAUGAUUUGAUUGGUUAAUAAUAUUUUUCAAUACAUAUUGACCAAUCAAUAAACUCAUUGGCUAAGUUGGCUAACCAGUUCAAGAGUGCGAUUUUAAUGAAAUCUGAUUUUAUUAAGUGACCCUCAAUGCAUUUUGUUGAGUGUAUGUAUACACAAUUUUUAAAUUUCUCGACCAACAAAGAAAUGCUAGCGGAAUUGUUUAUUCUUAUUCAUGAUAUUGUGACAAAUGUCUUUGAGUAAUAUGAAUAAUAAUUAUUGUGUAUUUUAAAACUGUGGAUAAAAGUGAUGCGGGUUUAAAUUAUACACUAGAAAUACAAUUCUUAUGGAAGAUAUAAUUUUUGGCAAAUUUUUCAGCAAAAGUUUCUAGUUCUUAUAAAAAAAAAGACAUGGUUGUUGAAAUUGACUAAACUUGUAAAAAAUGAUGACACUGGUUUUUUAUUUUAUUAAGUUGUAGCUAAUUCUGUAAUCAAUUCCUUUGUUGAUAAAUGUGCAUUUGAUGGUCAUAACAAAUAAACAAUUUAAAAACUCUAGA